CGAAGAUUGACUCACAGAGUGACUUGGUCGUUCGACUGACUAGGAUACAUAAUAUACGGUUUACGAAACGACAUUAUUAUUUUAUAUUAUUAUUAUUUGAAUAUACCCGACACGAUCUGCAAUAAUAUAUCGUGAACGGUUUGCGCGCCACGCCGUUCACGUGAAACCACCAAAAAAUAAUAUAUCGUUCGAUUGUAAUCGGCGGGAUACGUGCCAAUUUUACGAGUACCCAGGACUGCGGAUAGCGAACAAAUUGUUGUAUUUUAUUUAUCGUGACCAUCGGUCACAAUCGCUAUAUUUGUCACACAGUGUGACUAUUCAGCCUACGUAUCGAAAACACAUCGACAUGACGUAUUCCUCGUCGACACCGUUCAGCGAAUACCUGCGAAUAGAGCAGAGCAAAUAUCCGGAGCUCACGUUUGACGAUAUCCAGAAGUUAAAGGAGAGCUUAGAAGACGACGAUAAUUUGCCGCCUAUAUCGGACAAAAAAUAUUUGGCAUUUCUACACAGCUGUAAUUUUGAUUUAGAAUUAGCCAAAAAGACCAUUCAGAGAUGUUACCGAUUCCACUUCAGGAUUCCACAAGUAUUUUGUGAAUUGGAUCCAUUAGACGAGGAUAUAGAAUUGACUUAUAAUUGCUUGAGCAUUGGUCAAAUGCCUACUGUAAACACGGACAAAACCGAUCGAGUUCUAUUCAUGAUGUUUCAAGAUACGAACCACGAAAUGUUUGAAUACUUAUCACUUUUCAAGUACCUCGUUAUGUGGAUGAACUAUACGCUUUUGAAGUACGGUACGUGUGACGGAAUGGUUAUCGUAGUAGAUUCCAAAGGGUUGAACUGGCGCCAUAUUGUUAAAAUACCCAUUGGAAUCGCUAGUAAAAUGUUGAAAUUCUUGGAGGUUGGUCUACCAGUUCGUUUAAAGGCUGUGCAUGUUUUAAAUGCAGGAUCGGCUACUCAAAUGAUUAUGAAAAUGGUAACACGAUUCGCUAAUCAAGAAUUAUUAGAAAAGAUAACGCUUCAUCCAGUCGGUUCAAAAGAUAUAUUCAAUUACAUAUCGAGAAAUGAACUGCCAGCAGAGGUGGGAGGGUCAGGAAAAUCGCAUAGUUUUUUCAACGAUGAACUUUACAAUGACUUGGUCGAUAUUCGUGAUGAUUUUCUUGAGCAGAAUGAAGUAUUGAACAACCAAAUGAUGUAUGUGAAUCACCGACUUGAACAAGAUGACGAAUAAACUAUACCAAUUUAAUAUUUUAAGAAAAACGUAUUUUAUGAAACACAUUAAGUUUACAUUUUAAAACAAUUUAGAACACUAAGUAUAAAAAAAUGCCAACUUAUCGUUGUGAAAUUAAAUUGUUUUAAAAUUUAAUUUAUUAUAGGUUGUGAUAAUUAUUUUUAGAUUACUGUGUUUUUAUCGAUAGGCAUCUUAACAUAGUUUAAAGUGAAUUGGGUACACUAAUAUUACAAUAAUUUAAUUUAAGAGUUGUGUUUGUCAUAUUAUGAUUGUAUACUUGAUUACAAGUUAGAAGUUUAGUGCGUUAUUGAUUAUUGAUUUUUGUAAUAUUUUGAAAUUACCAUUUUAUAGCUCAAGCAAUUUUUGAAUACAAGUAUAAUUUUAUACAUUUUUUCAA